UGGGCCAAGAGGAUCAUGAUUAAGUUUGAAAACCACACACAGCUGGAUUUGACGGAGAAGACAUUUGGUGUCCAUGCAACAGUGGAUGUUGGAGAUUCAAACUGCAGUGAAGACAAUGCAAUGCUUUCUCUGAAGUUUGGUGACAUUGGCAAUCUAAAGGGUCUUGUUAUUAGGUUCUUAUUAACAACCAGCUAUUACCAGCUAUCUGUUCAGAACUGGUUCAGUUUACACAGACUGCAACUUCUUUACAACCACUCCAUACAAGCGACCUUUAAUGCGACUGGAAUAUGUGCACCGGCAAGUUACUCCUACCACUGUGAACGUGUGAGCAGCUUGCAGAGAUAUGAUGCACUUCUCACACCCAGCUCUGCAAAUGAUCUUUCAAAGCUUUGGGAAGUCACUUUUAUUGAUUUCCAGAUUCAAGGUUUUAAUGUUCGAGAAGGACAUUUUGCCUAUGCAAAAGACUGUGCAUCCUUUUUCUCCCCAGCAAUACUGAUGGGAUUGGUUAUGUCGCUGAUUCUGCUGCUGGUUCUUGUCUACGCUCUUCAUAUGUUGAUCCACCUGAAAUCUCUUGACAGGCACUAUGACUUCAAAGCUUCUCCUGCCUAUUUUGCGCAGAUGAAAGACAGUGACAUGGGAGAUGAGAAAGAGCCACUGAGAAGCAGUGGAAAUGAGGCCUGUGAACUUAAAAACCAACAGUUCUGUAAAAUCUAUAUUUAGCAGUGUGCAUCUGUCUCAGUGAAAUGAGUGGUAUUUUCUUCUGCUGGCACUGUCAUGUGUAGUUUGUGCAGAUUUUUCACCAGUUGAUGAAAGGAAAAGUAGGUAACAGACUGCUUAGCCAGUUACUGUCUGUUAUUUAUUGAUAACCACCUCAAAGAUGCCUUGGGAA